AUGGCCAUGGAGACGCUGGCGGACGAGCUGGUGCUGUACAUCUUUCGUUUCUGUGGGGCCAGGGAUGUGGCAGCGCUGGAGGCCACCUGCCUCCGCCUGGCCAGCCUGGCCCGCGACGACCUCCUGUGGCGCCACCUGUUCCGGGGCUGGUUCCGCCACCACGCCCAACAGCAAGAAGCCGCCGCAGCUGCUGACUCGGGGGCUGCCGACCCCUUUCACGCCCUGGGCCUGCACCGGAUGGACUGGCCCCGCGUCCGCUCGGCCGUGGUGGUGGCGACGAACCAAGACAAAGACGAAGAAGAUGAAGAGCCCGCCGUGCCCCGCAAGGCUGCCCUUGUGCUCGACACCGAACCCCAGGCCAGCUUCAUGCUCGGCGGGCGUAGACCCUUUCGCCCCAAGCACUUUGAAAAAGUGGAGCUCUACGAUGACUGGCGAAGCUGCUACAAGGCGCAUGUGCAACCGCCGGACGUCGGCGAGAAGGUCAGACGACUCAUGGAGGGGCGCCUGGUGUCGCCCCGCACCCUGAGCGCCAUCCUCCGCCAGGCCGCGGCCGUGCUCGAGAAGGAGCCCAACCUGCUGCACCUCCGAUCGCCCAUCACCGUGGUCGGCGACCUGCACGGCCAGCUGCUCGACCUCCUCGACCUCUUCCUCAUCAAUGGUGAGCCGCCGGACGUGAACUACCUGUUCCUGGGCAACUGGGGCGACAGGGGCGACUACGGCGUGGAGACGGUGACGCUGCUGCUGGCCCUCAAGGCGGCCUACCCCGACCGCGUGCACCUCCUCCGCGGCAAGCACGAGACGCGGCCCAUCACCCAGGUGUACGGCCUCUACGACGACUGCGCCCGGAAGUACCACUCGGGCGCGAACGUGUGGACCGCGCUCAUGCACGUGUUCGACCGCCUGCCCCUGGCCGCGGUGGUCGACGACAAGGUGUUCUGCGUGAGCUCCGGGCUCAGCCCCGAGCUCCAAACCCUCGCACAGAUCGACGACCUCCACCGGUGCCGGGAGGUCCCCUACGAGGGCCCCAUGUGUGAUCUCGUCUAUUCAAUCCCCGACGUCGCCUCGUGUGCGCAACCCCCGUUAGACCCCGACUGGCGAGUGAGCCCGCAGGGCGCCGGCUGGCGCUUCGGUCCCAGGGCGACUCAGGCGUGGCUGGCUGCCAAUCACCUGGAGCUCAUGGUCACCGAGCACAAUUACCGCGACGAGGGCUAUCAGAUUCUCCACGGUGGUAAGCUGGUGACCGUGUAUGGCGCGGCCAACUACUGCGAACGGAGCCCCAACGUGGCCGCCUGCUUCACCAUUCAGGAGGACGGCAACCACUACAUCACCCAAUAUGGCCCGGCUCCCCGUGUGGCCACGCCCGUCAAGCGAGAGAGCCUGCUCCGAAGCCGCUUCAAGGCCCCGCCGCCGGGAACGACAGGCGGCGCCCCGAGCCUGACCGAAGUGAUAGCAACGGCCGCGUCGACCACGAAGAAGAGACCGUCGGGCAAGGUGAUCUGGGGACCCAGCGCCCUCUUGGCCACUCCCUGCCAGUGCAUGGCCAGGUCGAUCGCGAACUGA